CCACUCGCCGUCUACAUUAACAUUACCGACGUUCUAAUCGCUGUAACCACCAGCAUCAUCGUCGUUUACUCUUUUCGUGUAUUAACUUCUUUCAAUACCUUGCUGUAAUGGACGAGGGACGUCAAAAGGACUUGCAGUUAUUGGAGGAGAUAAUCGAUAAAGGUUUGAAACAGAAGCUUGUACACGCAACUGCUUCACGGGACAAGAUCUUUGAAGAACAAAAAGUACUCUCUGACUUGCGGAAGAACCUAGAAACUCUGGAGAAAAAUGGUGUGAAUAGUCUCAAAACAAGGGUCAACCUCGGUUCAGAAGUUUACAUGCAAGCUGAAGUGCCAGAUACUCGACACAUAUUCAUGGAUGUAGGACUCGGCUUUUAUGUUGAGUUCACCAGGCAAGAAGCUCUCGCCUAUAUUUCACAAAGAGAGGAAAGAAUUAAAACACAACUAGAAGAGUUUACUGGUGUUAUUACACAGAUCAAAGGGCGCAUCAAAUUGGCUCAUUACCAGAUUCAGCAAAUACUCAAUCUUCCUGAAGAGAAUCCCUCAUCCCGGCAACGUUCCUUUUAGACUUAUCUCGUUUAGUGCUUCUGCCUUAGUGUUUUUGAGUUUUUUUUAACUGUAUUGCGUGGGAAAGGAGAAUGUUAGCUGAAGGUGUAAUACUAACUUUCCUCUCCAAUGGAGACAGACAAAUGGAUUAAAUGAUGUCGUCGUAGAUUGAACCUUAUUGAUCAGGGCACAUCUAUUCGAGAUGAUCAGAUGUAGUAAUGUA